AUGCCUAAGGGACCCCCCAACCGUAGGUCUAGCUACCGAGCGCGGCCAUACGAUAACUGGAGCGUUGCCUACAACCAGACUCCUCAGCAAUCGGACUUGGAUCGCCGACCUGAUCCGUGCAAGGAAGAUCGUCACACGGUCCAGCAACCCGUUACCGAGGCCGAGAGAUCGCAGCCCGUCCAAGAUGCCUCAAAGCAACACAACCUUACUGGUACAACGGACGAUAUCGCCGACGACGUCAACACUUGGUCAAACCAGCCUCCCCGUGGUCCCCGCUAUGGGCCUUGGACUCGCGCAUAUGACAGCUAUCGACCCUCCCGCAAUAUAACCAUGGUGGAUAGCAUGGUCCUCCAGUCUAUCGGGCGAACUGGAAGUCGUGCCCCUCCGGGUCUAGCAAUUCACAGUAACAGUCGCGGCGGCGGUACUCAAAUCGACAUCUUUACCAAGGUGCCUAAUACCUCAAAGACUAUCGCCUUCCGCGUAGAAAGCGAAGAAACGCUUAUCCAAGCUUACCGCCAGGUAAAGGCGAUGAACCCUUACGCUUCUGUGGGCGGGAUGAUGUUCAGCGUGGCGCCCAAGCCUGAAUCUCCUUUUACUGAGAUUGACAAUGUUCGCUGGGGAUCCCUGAAUGGGCGACGUAGCUUCGCUUCCCGGUUUACACCUGCUCCCUCGAGAACUGUCCGAAAUGGGAGAACCUGGGCAUUUUAA